UUAACAGGUAUCCUUUCUAUUUAGUUUUGAUCUAUCAAUGCUACUGAUAUUUUAUUUAUUUAUUUAUUUAUUUUUUAUAUAAAUAUAUGUAUAGGGAAUUUUAUUGCUUGUUGAUUCUAUUGUAUAGUGCAUAGAACUAUGUAUAAGUGAUGGUUUCAAAGUAAAAUGACUGCCAUCAUUCAUAAGAGUUGGAUGUAAUCCGGGAUCAUGGUGGAAUCUGAAUGUUUGGUUGAGAUGGAAAGAUUUUUCUGAACUUGUAGAUGAUAUUAGGGUGAGAAUUGGUUGCCUAAUGAUUUAAUUAGACUAGAAUCUACCAUAGUUUGAUGAAUGAAAGGCCUUUUGUUUUACAGAAAUAUAUCUUUAGCCAAUUAUACAUGGGGACAUGGGGUAUUGUAGGUCUUUUUCGUUCUUUUGUUUUCCGUCUUAAACGAAUAUGCAGUUGCUUUUUUGCCAUUGGCCAAAAUUUGAGGAAAGCUUUAAUUGUUCAAUGUGGACUUCUCGAUAGUUCAGAACUGCUUAGAGUAGCCCUUAAUUGCAUUAUGAAGAUGUAGUGCUGUUGGAAGGUUUGGUUUGUAACUUUGUUAUGGUUAGCUUCAACAAUGAAUUUUCACGAGGUGAUUAAUAGUAAUGAUACCUGAUCUCUGUUCGAUGAUUGUGAUCUUACCUAUUUGAAGUCUGCCCUUGGAGAAUCUUCAACCAUUUGGGUUUCUAAGGUCUGCUAAAGCAUCGAGUGGGCCAGGGUUACGUGCUAUUGCAAUUCACGGGAUGAAGCUGCUGCUGACGUUGCCUUUUGCCAAAUGCUACUAGAAUUCGAAAGCGCCAUAUCUGUAUUCUGUCAAGAUGAAGAAAAUGAAGAAGAACGUGGGCACAUCUCAGGUAGUUUUAUAAUCCGUUGCCAAAGCAAGAUUUGUGCCUGCUUUAGUUGAAUCCUCUUAAUUCUUUCAUUAUAGUAUUAUAAAUUAAAUUAAUAAUAUAUUCUGUCAAGAUGAAGAAAAUGAAGAAGAACGUGGGCACAUCUCAGGAAAAGGGCAAAAAAAGGAAAAUCUUGUGGUGGCAUUUGGCAGCCAAUACUCCUUCAACAAGUAAAGAAGAAACAAAUCACUCAUUUUUUAGACUCUCCGGACCAAACUUCCUAUGAUGAUUUUCAGCGGUUGAUUAGCUUGCACAUUACAGUUCUUCAGUUUCCUCAAACUCCCUUGCUAGCCCUCCCUCCCUCUCUCUCUCUCUCUAUAUAUAUAUAUAUAUAUAUGUGUGGAUGUGACUGUGUGUGUGUGUGUGAGUGUGAGUAUUCUUCUUUAGGGAAGGGUGUAGAAAUUGAAUCUUGGUUUUGGGACUUUGAAAAAUGGCGAUUAGCCCAUCUGCAGAGGUCUCUGAGGAUAUGAACUUUGUGGGUUUUUACAAGAAAGUGAAGCGCUUUAGGCCGUUUGAGCCUUCAGUAGGGAUUCUUGGUUUUACAGUAUGUGUUAUUUUUGGGUUUCUAUUCUUGGACUACAAUAGUGUUCCAAAAGGGGUGAGAAUCCCUUCCCUGAGUGAGAGGUUUCUGUGGAUGAAAAUCGAUGGAGAGAGUGGGAAGAAACUUGAUUUCUUGAGUGGAAUCAAUGAUGGCGUGUGUGAUCUGUUCGAUGGGGAUUGGGUGUGGGAUGAGAAUUAUCCAUUGUAUAAUUCAAAAGAUUGCAGGUUCUUGGAUGAAGGAUUCAGGUGCAAUGAAAAUGGCAGGCCUGAUAGUUUCUACACCAAGUGGAGAUGGCAGCCAAGGGAUUGCAAUUUGCCCAGAUUUGAUGCCAAAGUGAUGCUGGAGAGCCUGCGAAAUAAACGAAUUGUGUUCUCCGGAGACUCGAUAGGAAGAAACCAAUGGGAAUCUAUGCUCUGUAUGCUGUCGUCCGUAGUUUCCGACAAGGACUCUAUCUAUGAAGUGAAUGGGAACCCGAUCACAAAGCACCGAGGAUUCUUGAUUUUCAAGUUUCCCGAGUAUAACUGCACGGUGGAGUACUACCGGUCGCCGUUCCUCGUCCUGCAAAGCCGUCCUCCCGCAAACGCUUCGUCCGGCAUCAAAACAACGCUAAAGUUGGACCGAAUGGAUUGGACGUCGUCAAGGUGGAGAACUGCCGAUAUCCUCGUUCUCAACACGGGUCAUUGGUGGAACUACGAGAAGACUCUUAGAGGAGGGUGUUACUUUCAAGAGGGCGACGAAGUUCGGACGGACAUGACGAUCGAUGCAGCGUACAAGAAAGCCUUGGAGACGGUCGUCGAAUGGAUACUCCGGAAAGUGAACACUACCAUCACACAAGUCGUCUUCCGGACAUACGCUCCCGUUCACUUCAGGGGCGGCGACUGGAGAGACGGGGGAGCAUGCAAUUCGGACACCCUUCCCGGCUCCGUUCUAUCAGCGUCUCAAAAAUGGACACAAUACGAAAUUUUCACGAGAGUAAUUGCAGCCCAUGGGUCGGCGCUCGACGUGCUGAAUAUUACUCGGAUGACGGCGAUGAGAAAAGACGGGCACCCGUCUGUAUAUUACAAGUCCCGGCCGACGCCCCUCCACAGACAAGACUGCAGCCAUUGGUGUCUGCCGGGAGUUCCCGACGCGUGGAACGAGCUGCUCUACGCCCUCGUUUUGAAGCACCGGCCGACGAAAACGUCGAAUUCGUCGGUCGCGCAGGUAUGAUUGGUUGAUUGAUGGAGUGUAAAUAAGUUAUUGACACGAGGAAAGGAUAAAUGAAUUUAGUGAAACAAAUUUUGGCAUGGGUUAACAGAGGCAAGAAAGAAACUUGGCCUCUGUUUGUAGAUAGAAAGAAAUUUGCGUAUCACUCAGUAAAUGGGUUUCAGA